AUGGCUCAGAUCGAGAACGCUGUCGAGAUUCUCUCGAACCCUACCUCCGACCACUCUAUUAAAGAGCAAGCCUUCGAAUACCUGAACCAACUACGAACCGAUCCCUCAGGAUGGCAAGCUUGCACCACUCUUUUCGCCCGAACACCUCGAACAUCAGAAGUCGUGCGUCUGGUCUGUCUUGAGGUUGUCAACUAUGCUGUCCACACCCAGGGUCUUGACCAGGCAAGCCUUGCCUUCCUCAAAGACACUCUGCUCCAGUACUGCCGCCAGACAUAUGGCCCCAAUGCCCAGCAAGAAGCCGACCCUGCGCACCUCCAGAACAAGCUCACACAGACAUUGACAUACCUGUUUGUUUUCCUUUACCAAAACGGAUGGCAAAGCUUCCUCGACGAUCAUAUCGAGUUGGCGGGUAUUCCCACAAAUACGGAAAAUGUUUCUGGCGUCGUUUUCUAUCUUCGGGUCCUCGGUUCCAUUCACGACGAGAUCGCCGAUAUGCUUCUGUCACGGCAGAACAACGAAACCAAGCGAAAUACGGAGCUUAAGGACCAGCUCCGAGCCCAAGACAUGCACAAAGUGUCCGAGUCGUGGAAGCAACUACUCUCUCGAUACUCGACCAACGAUACUGUCGUAGAGCUUGUUCUGAAGGUUCUGGGCAAGUGGGUCAGCUGGAUGGACAUAUCUUUGGUUAUCAGCCAGGACAUGCUCGGACUCUUGCUACCGGUAGUUGGGCGGCCAAGUUCGUCAGGUGAGGACAAAGUCCGCGACACCGCCAUUGACACCUUGAACGAAAUAUGUGGCAAGAAGAUGCGUUCUGCGGACAAGAUGGAGAUGAUCUCAUUUAUCAACUUGAGAGAAAUCGUCGAAACAUUAGUUGCUAGCCCUUCCCUGAGCGAGUUCAAGGGAACCUCUCGAUACGAUACGGAUUUGGCCGAGGCAGUUGCCAAAUUAGUUAACACCGUCCUCUCCGACAUCGUACGGGCUCUUGAAGACAGCCAGAUCAGUGAUGACACCCGUGCCAGAGCUAACCAGCACCUUCAUGGUUUCCUGCCUUUCCUCCUACGCUUCUUCUCCGACGAAUAUGACGAGGUCUGCUCUUCUGUCAUCCCCGCCCUGACAGACCUCCUUACCUUCCUCCGUAAACUCACCGUCGUUCACCAAGACUACGGCGGCAUGCUCGCGCCAAUCCUAGAUGCCAUUAUCCACAAAAUGAGAUACGAUGAGACUACCAGCUGGGGUGAUGAGGAUGAGCUCACUGACGAAGCCGAGUUCCAAGAGCUCCGCCGCAAGCUACAGAACCUGCAAAAGUCCAUCGCUGCUAUCGACCAGCCUUUGUACAUGGAUAUGCUCAGUAACUUGGUUGCCACCACUUUCCAGACUCUUGAUCAACAGGGAUCGCAUAUGGAUUGGCGAGAUCUUGACCUUGCCCUUUAUGAGAUGUAUCUCUUUGGUGAGCUUGCGCUACCUAACCAGGGGCUGGGAACCAAGAACCAGCCUUCCACUGAAGCCUCCGAGAGGCUAGUAGUUAUGAUGCAGAAGAUGGUUGAAUCUGGUAUUGCCAACUUCUCUCAUCCGGCCAUUCUCCUGCAGUACAUGGAGAUCUGUGUCAGGUAUUGUGUUGUUUUCGAAAACCAUCUAUCACAGUACAUUCCCCAAGUUCUCGAGAACUUUGUACGAUUAGUGCAUCACGACCACGUUCGCAUAAAGACGCGAUCGUGGUACCUUUUCCACCGAUUCAUCAAGCAGCUGCGUGCUCAGGUCGGCAAUGUUGCCGAGACUGUCAUUCAGUCAAUCGGGGAUCUCUUACCUAUCAAGGCCGAGGUCCCUGGUGACGACGCCGACGAUGACAUGUCCUCGGAUGAAUCUGACCACUCUGCGGAUGCCCUCUUCACCAGCCAGCUGUACCUUUUCGAGGCAAUUGGAUGCAUUUCCUCGACUCAGAGUACACCUGCAGACAAGCAAGCUUUGUAUGCCCGAUCCGUGAUGGAUCCUCUGUUCACUGAUAUGGAGGGACACCUCACGAGGGCCAAGACUGGAGAUGCCCAGGCUACUCUCCAAGUGCAUCAUAUCGUUCUGGCACUGGGUACGCUGGCCCAUGGAUUCUCCGACUGGACUCCAGGUAAUACAUCCGCCAACGCACAUGGACCACCUGACAAGGCGGUGUCUGAUGAGUUCUCCCGUGCAGCUGAGGCUAUUCUCAUUGCUCUCAAUCAGUUAAACUCUUCUGCUGAGAUCCGAACUGCUUGUAGAUCAGCCUUCUCCAAGCUUUUGGGAGUUUUGGGUGCUGCCGUGCUGCCUCAGCUACCGCAGUGGAUUGAGGGCUUACUGUCCCAGAGCUCGUCUAAAGAUGAGAUGGCCAUGUUCCUGCGUCUACUGGAUCAAGUUGUGUUUGGUUUCAAGGCCGAGAUUUACGAAGUUCUCAACAUGCUUCUAACACCUCUGCUCCAGCGCAUCUUUGGUGGGCUUACGGAACCUAUCGCUGGAACCGACGAUGAGAUUCAGCUGGCCGAGUUGAGGAGAGAAUACCUCUCUUUCCUUCAGAUCAUUCUUAACAACGGACUGGACGGCGUUCUUGUCAGCGAAUCCAACCAGGGCUUCUUUGAGCCCAUGAUUUCGUCCAUUAUCGAACUCGCCAAGACCUUGGAGGGCAAUAUUACAAGCAGCCGCCUGGCCUUUACUCUUAUGACGAGAAUGGCAGCUAUCUGGGGUGGACCCGAUGUUGCCACUAUUUCGCAGAACCCGACAGCUCCUACUGGCAGCCCGAACCCUGCGUUCCCUGGGUUUGAACAAUUCAUGAUUGAAAGAUUCCACUCAACUUGCUGGGAGGUUAUCAAAAACCCCAACUUCCGCCCGUCCCAAGAUGCUCAGACCAAGUCACUUCUCGUCGAAAUUGCAGGUCUUGAGCAGGUCAUUUAUACCAAGACUGGUGAAGUUUUCAUCCAGGAAUUACAAAACAACCUCCUGCCCAGCCUCGGAGUCAACAGUGACGACUUCUUACGAUCCCUUACGACAUCGAUGGACAAGAGGCAGUUUGCUUCAUACCUGCAGAACCUACUCAAGUCCCGGCAGUAG